AAAGGCAAAAAGAAAAAGGCAGCUAAUAAACGUAGCAUCAUUCACGUCAAGUUAACGCUCACUAAAAAGUAAAAAAAGAGACAUAACAAAAUAGAGAAAAACUAAAACUACUUACGCCUCUGGGUACGAUCGAAAUGCUUUGUAACCAAGUAGCUUCUAGUUUAAGGUUCAUAAAGGAGAGGCAUCAAUCGACCAACCAAUUAUUCUCGUACUCUGCUUUUCUUUUUCUUUUUCUUUUUCUUUUUCUUUUUUUCCUAUGAAUUUAGUACAUGCAAAGUGGUCCCUAUAUACCCCUACAGUUACUUCCAAUUCCAAUGCUAUAAAUUGGAACUUAACUGACAGACUCAAUGGAAUAUCAAAGGACAUCGCAUUCGCAAAUCCUUUUAUUCACAUUGUCAUCAACAUGGAAGAAUUAGGGAAUGAUCACCCGAGUUAUGUCCCAUCUGAAUUGGUCAAUUGUUCAUCAAAUGAUUGCAAAGUAAGGUACCAUUGCUAUUUGAUGGAAUUGAAGCAAGAUUUCACGUAUACGGUGUCGGUUCGUGACAUUGUACUCGCAAUUAGGAGUGAACUUGACUCGGAAAUCGUAGACUCAUUAUCAGGCACAUCAUUUAAUGUGCAAAGGGGAAAAUUGUCAUUGAACCUCACACAUUUAGAACCCAUUCAACUUAGCCCAGAAGAGGUUCAAAGUUGCAGAAGAUUUCAGACUACCCUCUUUAGGAUCCUCCUGAAUCCCGACAUUAACAAGUUAACAAGUGUUUCAGAUGAUUUUAGCCUGGGAGAUAAUCCUGAAAUUGAUUAUCUUCUGCUCCCAGCCACUGUUAAAGAGCAGAGACUUACAAAUUCAAUUAUAGAUUGGAAGACUGUUUAUUCUGUUCCUUUUUCAUCUGAAGGUACCUGUGAAUGUAAGGAUCAUGUUUGUGAUGUGAGGAUCCAAAAUGGUUCAGUUUGCUCUAGCAAACUUGAAAAUUGUGUGGUCUAUACUCCUCAUACUGGUUCCAUUUAUAUCGUAACUGGUAUAAUGGAAUUGAAUGGAAACUCAAUUCUAAACCUAGGACGCAAGGGAACUACUACUUACAAGGAAUACUACAAAAACAACCACGGGAUUCAAUUGUGCUUUGAACAUCAAUCUCUACUUCAUGGAAGGGGUGUUUCUAAAGUAGGGAAUUACCUUCUGAAGGCCAGGCAAAAGAAAGAGAAAGGAUCAAGCAUGAACUCUGUUGAAUUGCCGCCAGAACUUUGUUCUGUAAUCAUGUCACCAAUAUCAAUCAAUACCAUAUAUUCAUUUUCUUUUAUUCCAUCAAUCAUGCAUUGGCUUGAGUCAUUGCUCGUUGCUUUCAACUUAAAAAAGAUGCUCUUGGAUAAUUUCACGCCAAAAGAUCUCCCAGUCAUCAAGGUAUUACAAGCAAUAACGGCAAAGGAAUGUCUAGAGGCGUACGAUUAUGAUUACUUAGAGACACUGGGCGAUUCUUUUCUAAAAUACGCUGUUGGUCAACAGCUUUUCAAGACCAAUCAAAACGAUCAAGAGGGCGCCCUCUCCAAACAGAGGGAGAAGAUCGUUUCUAAUGAUGCCUUGUAUAAGAAUGGCUGUACUCGCAAACUUCCGGGUUUCAUACGAAAAGAAGCAUUUGAUCCAAAGCAGUGGGAUAUACCUGGUGACAAGUCAAAAUGUCUCUUGCUAAAACAAGAAUUGGUUUCCAAUAGAAUAGGAGUAUACGUUCGCAGAACGAGAGAAAUAGACUUCAAAGUUAUUGCUGAUGUUGUUGAGGCACUAAUUGGUGCCUUUAUAAGCACGGAAGAUGAAGAAGGUGCUUUAUCGUUUAUGAAUUGGAUUGGGAUCAAGGUUGACACUAAUAUUAUACCAUAUGAGACUCACCUCAGCAUUGCCCCAGAGAAGCUUGUGGAUGUCAAACUUUUAGAAUCCCGGCUAAACUACUACUCGUUUAAAGACCCUUCUCUUUUGGUUGAGGCUCUCACCCAUAGUUCUUGUAAACGACCAGAAGUUCAGAGAUGUUAUGAGCGACUUGAGUUUCUUGGCGAUGCAGUGUUGGACAAUGUCAUCACAAUGCAUUUCUACAAGGAAUAUUCUAAAGGAAAGUUAUCAGCAGAAUUUUUCACUAACAUGAGGUCUAUUUCUGCGAACAAUGAGUGCUACGCACUGUCGGCAAUUAAAGCUCAGCUGCACGAACACAUACUCUGUGACCCAGUAGUAGCAAAUAAAAUUGCAGACACGGUAAAAGGUGUUGAGAAGUUAUCUUUGGAAUCAACUUUUGGAUGGGAGCUAGAAACAUAUUUCUGUGAGGCACUUGCAGAUGUUAUAGAAUCCAUAGCAGGAGCGAUUUUCGUUGAUUCAGGGUACAAGAAAGAGGUUGUUUUCGAAAGCAUAAGACCCCUUUUGGAACCCCUUGUUACACCUGAAACAGCAAGGCGGCAUCCUAUUAAUGAGUUGCAAGAACUAUGCCAAAAAGAAGGCUACAAAAGGAAAGAAUACGCUCCCGUUCGUGACAAGAAUGAAACUUCAGUUACAAUCCAGGUGGUAGCUAAUGGGAUCACUCACAAGCAUACAGGUAAAGCUUCUAAUAAGGACACUGCUCGUAAAGUGGCCUCCAAGGAAGUUUUAAAACUAAUCAAGAUUUGCAAGGCUCCUGGCUAAUAUUUGGUGUUUUACGCUCAAGUGCUUCUAAAAGUCAUUAUGGUUUAUCAAGGUCUGUGUUCGUAACAUGGUGAACAAAUAGUCCAAUAUGACGAUCCCUGUUGAUUGUAAAUAUUUACGAAUUCAACCAUCUUAGGAUAAGAAACGGAUUGUCAAAAGUUCAGUACUGAACCAACCUUGAUAAAGUAUCUCUUCCGGUGUUUCUUACUUAAAACAUCUACAAUACGGGUUUCACUUUUAA